GUAAAGUGUCUAUAGCAACAAAAUAACGAUCGAUGACAAAUUCGUCCUCAACAGUCAGUUCUUCUGAGUCCUUCGAAGUAAAUGGAACAUCCUGUGAAGCCUCAUUACAAGAACCGAUUUUUUCUACCACACAGACUAUGGCUUCAUCAAAACAAAUGAUGGAAUAUGUUGAAAAUUACUUCAAACUGAACCAAUUGUUGUUAUUGGUCAGCGGAAUAUGGCCUUAUCAAAGCAAGUGGAGUGCUUAUUUAAUGAGAGUCAUUUAUAUUGCCCUUAUAAUAAUGGUUGUAAUUUUUCAGUUAAUUAACUUUUUCGUAACUGAUGUCAGUAGAGAUUUUCUAGUAAUUACGGUACAAGCAUUUAUACUUACAAUAGGAGUUUUGGGUCACGUAUGGUCAUAUAUCAAAUACAUGGACAAAUUUAAAGAAUUAUUUGAGCAUAUGUGGAAAGAUUGGGCUUUGCAAAAAACAGACGAAGAGAUCAAGGUUAUGCACGAACAUGCUAAAACCGUGAGAAAAUUUACGUUCUAUUACAUAUUUCUGGCAUAUGGAUUUCUGAGUAUGUAUAUCAUAUAUAUAAGUAUGCCAGAAAUUCUCGAUGUUAUAUCGCCCAUAAAUGAGUCUCGUCCGCGGAGGCAACCCUUUGAUUACACUUAUUUUAUCGAUGAGGAGAAAUAUUUUUAUGUAAUUCGGUUCUGCAUGUUCAGCCUGUGUUAUAUCAUACCGUCAAUUUAUCUUAUUAGUUGUACUAUGUUUAUGGCUUUUACGCAGCACGUUUGUGCAAUGUACAAGAUAUUAGGGUAUCACGCGGAGCAUUUAUUUUACGGAAGCCCAUCAGAAAAUGAUUUAAAACAUGGAGUAAGAAUGAGAUGUAAGGACAUAGCAAUUUUUGUACGACUACAUUACAGCAUCCUACAAUUUGUUGAUACACUCGAAACUUGUCACACAAUAUCAUUUCUACUGGACCUCGUAACAUGUAUAUGUGGAUUAAGCAUUACGUUAACGCAGAUACCAAAUAUGAUCGGCGAUAUGGAAGUAGCUAUUAGAUCUAUAAGUUUAACUGGGUCAAUGUUGGCUUAUCUAUAUGUAUAUAAUUACAUGGGACAAAAAAUCACGGACAUGAGCUUAGGUAUAAAUGAGAAAUUAUACAACUCUGCAUGGUACACUGCAGUCAUUUCGGAACAGAACUCAUUAUUGAUAAUAAUGAAACGAUGCCUUCAUCCGUUUUUCUGACUGCCUGCAAGUUUUAUAUAAUGUCUGUACAGAGUUUUGGAAUGGUAAUUCAAACGGCGGUCUCCUAUUGCAUGUUUCUCAAACAAAUGUAAAAAUAUUUUUACUAAUUACAAAUAAU